ACAGACAGACAGUCAGUGAGAGACAGACAGCUCUCCAGAGUGAGCUGGGUCUCUACCUGUCUGUCUCUCCGUGUCUCGGAGAGUGGAGGAUGGCACCGGGGCGUGUCGCCGCUCUCUGCCGGGUUCGCAGCUCCUCCGGCGGGCUCAGGAAGCUCUGACAGCCCGCUGCUGGAUCUGGAUCUGGAUUUAAACCGUGGUGGACUGAGGUGGGUCCAGGAUGUCCUCGGACCUGGCUGCAGGUGUGGUCUUCAGGGUUCUGCUGCCCCUCAGUUUGACUGCAGCUUGUGUGUUGCGGUAUAAUGGAUUCUCUCUGGUCUACGUCCUCCUGCUGCUGCUGCUGCCGCUGCUGCCUGAACCCUCCGCCUCCCCCCCCACAGGUAACACGAGUCGAUGUGUGACGGCGGUGUGUGUGUCCAGUUUCCUCUUCCUGUUACUGCAGUCCUUCUUCCAGCUGACCACCGCCACCCUGCAGCCAGAGUACAACUGUACGUCGUGGCAGAAAGCUCUCGGUCAGCUUGGCCUGGUGAGUCUGACAGGAAGUGAUGCGGGCUCAGCAGUGAGACAGGUGCUUCCAGAUAUCGCCGUGCUGCUCGUCGGCCUGCUGACCUGGAGACUGAGCAUGAGGCUGAGCGCCAACACACACACACAGUCUGGUGUGUUUCAGCCUCAGCAGGAGCAGCAGGAGGAGGUGAUGUUUGAGGAGGACUCUGUGCUCGGACAGCAGGAGGACGAGGAGGAGGACGAGGAGGAGGAGGAGGAGGAGGAAGAGGAGGAGGGAGGCAGCAGAAACAGGCUUCUGGUUGAACUGGAGUUACUGGUUUGUAAAAGCAGGAAGAUGAUGGGAAACAUGACGACGACAGGAGGGAAAAUUCUGCUGACAGUUCUACUGGGACUCACAGGGAUCAUGUUCCCGUCGCUCUCUUCCCUCCCCUACCUGCUCUGUUUCCAGGUGUUGUGUACCUGGUGGGCGUGGUCAGGUCAGGUCCCGCCCCUCAUCUUCAAGUGUGUGUCUGUGAUGUCACUGCUCUACUCCGCUUCCCACUUCCUCCUCCUCUACUGCUACCAGCUGCCCUCCCUGCAGGAGGCGUGGCCUCCCAACCACACCUCUGCCAGUGUGUUUGGCCUGGUGUCCUUGGCAAUGGGGGACUGCACCGCCCCCUGGAGGCUUCAUGUGAACUCUGACCUCAGCUGGUUUCACUUCGGCAGCCCUCUGAUGCUGCUACUGCUUUACCACACUGUGGCCAGCCUCUGGAGGAACCAGCUGAUCGACAGCAAUGGAGGGCAGGUUGUAGAGGGGGCAGAGUCUGCAGUCAAUGGGAGUUGUGACAUCAUCACCGCCACCAGUCACCUCAGUGAUGAUGUCAGCAGUGACAUCACAGCAGAGAGGCGUAGAGAGCUGUGGAGGAGAGGUCAUGAUCGGCUGGACUGCAGAGACGUGUUGGUGUCUUCCUCCAAUGACAGCCCAUCUGACUCUUUUGCCCCGCCCACACAGAGCACAGCACUGGGAUUGGAUCUUUACUCCACGCCUCACUACUCCCUCAGCCAGUCAGACACGCUGGAGACAUGCGUCUUCGAAGGAGACGGUGAUGGAUGGGAGGAGGAGAUGGAGCUGCAGGAGGAGGAGGAGCAGGUGAGGAGGGAGGACGCUGCCUCCAUGGCAUUCAGCUUCCUCCUCAAACAGAGCUACAUCUGCGCUCUGGUCUCCAUGAUGGCGUGGUCCAUCACAUACGUGUCCUGGCUGACGUGUGUGCUGCUGCUGUGGUCAUGUGUCCUCUGGAUGAUGCGUGAGCGUCGCCGCUACACGCUGAUGUCAUCACCGUGGCUGGUCGCUUAUGGGAACUUGCUGGUCAUCCUGCAGUAUGUCUACAGUUUCCCCGCCAUCCAGGAAGUUCCUGGCCUGUUCCCAAAAAAAGAUGACCCCUGCAGAGAGCUGGCCUCCAAGUUGGUGUGCCUGUUGACGUUCUGGCUGUUGCUGCGUCAGACACUGACUGAGAAGAGAGACAGGCAGAAAGACAGACAGCUCUCUACCAUCACUGUCCUCAUUGAAGAGGAGCAGAUGGAGCAGCAGGAGCUGCAGAAGGAGAAGAAGGAGGAGGUGUCAUAUGAGGAAGUGCUGCUCCUGGGAGGAGGAGGAGGUGUUCAGAUGGAGACGCUGGUUGCUGUGGUUACCAGGAUGUUUGUCAAAUACUGGAUCUACGUCUGUGGAACAAUGUUCUUCUUCGUCAGUUUUGAGGGAAAAAUUGUCCUCUACAAAGUCAUUUACAUGGUGAUGUUCCUCUGCUGUGUGGCUCUGUACCAGUUGAACUACGAGAGGUGGCGCGCCUUGCUGCGGGGUUUCUGGGUAGCCGUGGUGGUUUACUCCAUGCUCGUUCUCAUCCUGGUCUACACCUUCCAGUUUCCCUCAUCCCUGCACACCUGGAGCUACUACACUGGACUCAGCACACACAGGUUGGAGGAUCUUGGUUUGGAGAAGUUCUCGGUUCCUGUCCUCUUCACCAGGAUCUUCAUCCCUGCUGCAUUCCUACUGGUUUGUAUCAUUCACCUCCAUUACUUCCACGAGCCGUUCCUUCAACUGACUGACCUGCAAACUGUGGUGGACACACAUAACAGCACUAUCACCAGGUUGGUCCACUCUGAGGGCAGCCUGGUCGACUUGUCAGUGGGUGGAGCUCCGCAGCUCCUCCUGGAGGAGGAGAAGAGGGAAGGACAGAGAAGGAAAGAGCAGGAGACCGGGGAGAAGUGGAGAAAGGAAGAACAUGCAGAUGAGGAGGAGGAGUACCCCUGUAUGUUUGACAGGGAAACCCUGUCUGACCCUAUAACAGUGCUGGGUUCUUGGAGGUUGGUGGUGGACCGUCUGUCUGUGCUGUUCCUGCGCCUCCUGCUCUCCCUACAGCGCCUGCAGUGCCUCCUCUGGUGGCUCCUGGAACUACACAUUGUCAAGAUUGUCUCCUCCUACAUCAUCUGGGUCUCUGUGAAAGAGGUGUGUGUGUUUAACCUGCUGUUCGUGGCGUGUGUGGGCGUUGCUCUGCCCUGCAGGGCAUGGCGCCGCCUGCUGUCAGGAGUCUGCACAGUUUGGACCUGUGUUGUGACCGUCUGUAAGAUGCUGUACCAGCUGAACGUCGUCCAGCCAAUCAGAUAUUCUGUCAACUGCACCAUGCCAGGUAACUCCAGCACCGACCUGUCUGGCUCUCUUUUGUAUUCUGGUCCAGUUGACCCUGCCCAGUGGGUGGGGCUUCGCAAGUCUGACGGAAAUCUGCUUGACUACCUGAGGUAUAACCUGAUGAUGUUGGCGCUGUUAGCCUUCGAGGUGACCAUUUAUAGACACCAGGAGCUCUACCGUCUUCGCCACAACAAAGUCCUGCCCCCCACCCGAACGCUGUUCCAUGACAUCACCAGACGUCACCUUGAUGACAGCGUGCUGAGCUGCACCAAGUACUUUCUGAACUACUUCUUCUACAAGUUCGGACUGGAGACCUGCUUCCUGUUGGCUGUUAAUGUGAUUGGUCAGCGGAUGGAUCUGUUUGCUGUAGGCCACGCCUUUGGCCUCAUCACCAUCCUGUUACAGCGAAGCAGGAAGCGCAUCUCCUUAGCGUGGCCGAAGUACUGCUACUUCUUGUCCGGGCUGCUGUGUUUCCAGUACCUGCUGUGCAUCGGACUCCCUCCUUCUACCUGUACAGAUUAUCCCUGGAGACCUCCGUCCCUCAACAUGGACUCCAACGUGGUGAAAUGGCUCUUCCUCCCUGAUCACCUGACUCCCCCAAACCCACUCUUCCUCCUGUAUGACUUCCUGCUGCUGCUCGGAGCGUCGCUGCAGCUGCAGGUGUUCGAGGAUGAGUUGCAGCCGGAUGUUCAGCAGCUUGCAGGAGACAACAGCGAGCUGCAGGGAGACGACGGACAGAUCUGUGAUCCAACCACAAGCCUCCAUCUCAACACGGUCCCCGACUUCCUGCUGUGCAGGUCUUACCUGGACAUGAUGAAGGUGAUAAUCUUCAGCUACAUGUUCUGGUUCGUCCUCACCAUCAUCUUCAUCACUGGGACGACCAGGAUCAGUAUCUUCUGUAUGGGUUACCUGGUGGCCUGUUUCUACUUCCUGUUGGUGGGCGGAGACCUGCUGCUGAAACCAGUUAAAUCUAUCCUGGUGUACUGGGACUGUCUGAUUGGCUACAAUGUGUUUGUCAUCACCAUGAAGAAUAUUCUGUCGAUCCUGGCCUGUGGUUUCAUUAAGUCAUUGGUGUUGAAUCACUGUUGGCUCAUUCAGCUCUUCAGUCUGGCCUGCACCAUAAAAGGAUACACAAAACCUGAACAGCAGAGCAGUAAACAAUGCGAGUUGCCGAGUGAUGAGGCGGGAAUCAUCUGGGACGGCGUCUGUUUCUGUUUCCUGCUGCUGCAGAGGAGAGUGUUCAGGAGUCACUACUUCCUGUAUGUGGUUCUGGACCUGCAGAAUACACAGCUGCUGGCCUCCAGGGGGGCGGAGCUCUUCGAGGCGUCCACAGUGAAGGCGGUCAGAGCGAGGCUGCAGGUGGAGAAGACAUCUAUGGACCUGCUGAAGAGACAGAUGGAGAGGAUUAAAUCCCGCCAGCAGAAGUUCCGCAGAGGAAAAGAGAAGCUGCUUAGUUUGACCCAGGACAGCUUCCAUACUGAUGGUGAAGAAAACAGGAAGGGGCAGCAGAAGGAGUGGUGGAGACCCUGGGUGAACCACGCCUCCAUGGUGAGGAGUGGCGACUACUACCUGUUUGAGACAGACAGUGAGGAGGAGGAAGAGGAGAAGAAGGAGGAAGAGGAGAAGGAGGAGGAGCUUCCUCAGAAAUCAGCCUUUCAGUUUGUCUAUCACGCCUGGAUCACUGACUCCAGAACAGCAAUGAGAGCUCGUAGCAACCAAAAGAAACUGUGGAAGAAGAACUCCUCCGAACAAAGGAACAGGAGAGAGGAGAAGAGAGGAGCUGGAGUUAUGGAGGUGACGGAGGAGUCGGAGGGGGAUGGAGAGGAGGAGGAUGGAGAGGAGGAACCAGACACGGUGCUGCGUCGGUUCUCCAACACUCUGCGGUUCUGUUGGGUUCUGCUGUCAGCUCUGCUGGACUCUCUGACUGCUUGGCUCAGAGGUUUGUGUCAGGAACACAUUGACAUCUCCACCGUCCUCCGCAUCGAGCAUUGCAUGCUGACCCAGCAGGCUAAACAGGUACUCAGGACUACAGUUCCCUACAGCUGGGAGGGUUUUAAACUACAACAUCCUAUUUAUCAGCUGUUUGUCUAUUUAUUUGUCUGUUUUUUUCAGGGUAAAGUGCCCUCCAGGGAGGCGAUCCACGUUUACUACCAGGAGCAGAUGCUGAAAACCUCCAGAGAGUCAGGCCUGGACUAUAGUACCCAUGAUGCCGAAGGGCAGACAUCAGCAGAGGAAGGAGGGGUGGAGGAAGAAGAAGAGGAGGGAAGAAGUCCUGAAACAUACGAAGAAGAAACAGAAGGACCAAAAACAAAGGAGGAACCAGAACCAGUAUCAGUAGGAGGUCCAGGUGUAACACAAACAGCACCAGCAGGAGGUGACCUGGGUCAGACAGAACCAGGACCGGCAGGAGGUGACCGGGGUCAAACAGAUCCAGGACCAGCAGGAGGUGAUCUGGGUCAAACAGAACCAAGACCGGCUGGAGGUGUCCCAGGUCAAAGAGAACCAGGACCAGUAUCAGGAGAAGCUGGUCCUGAUGACGCAGCCUCUGGAGUUAAGCCAGCUUCAGGAGCAGCAGGAGGUGACCCAGGACCAGAACCAGGACAGGCAGUGGAAGUUGAAGAUUACCCAGAAUGCCUGGUGGCUAAAACCAGCCAAAGAUGGCGACCCAGACUGUCCCGGAUGCAGCGGGUUGAAUCUUCAUCUUCAGAGGAUCUGAGCCUCAGUUGUACUCUCAGCAGCGGACAAUCAAUCCAACAACUUCCUGUCACCACACAACCGAUGAACACCUUCACUGGUGCCUCCUCCCCCACCUCCCCCUGUUCCCUGCUCCUCCCUCCCUCCUACAGCCUCGCUCUGGGUCUUGACCUCCAGGGGGACGAGGCAGGGUCCGGAUUCAGGAGGCAGCUGCUGGUUCAGACACAGACGGAGGGGAGUCACUUCCUGUCUGAGUCCACCUCCACUUCCUGUCCACUGGCGUCUCGUACUCAGGAGCUGACGGCAAGCGAGCUGCUGAGAAACAGGACUUUCUACAACGAGGAGUUGGAGGCAUCCGACCAUUUCAAUGGAAACCAACCCCAGCUGCUCCAGCUGUGCUACGCCCUCUACAACAUCCUUGCAGCCAGGUCAGAGACAGUGUGUUACCUGGUCAUCGUGUUGAACCACAUGGUGUCUGCCAGCUGUCUCACAUUGGUGCUUCCUGUCUUGGUGUUUCUCUGGGCAACGCUGUCCGUCCCUCGACCCAGUAAGACCUUCUGGAUGACUGCCAUCAUCUACACCGAGGUUACCAUAGUCAUCAAGUAUUUCUUCCAGUUCGGUUUCUUCCCGUUCAACCAGAAGCUAGAGGUGGACCGAUCCAAACCGUUCCACCCCCCGAACAUCCUGGGAGUGGAGAAGAAGGAAGGCUAUGUCCUGUAUGACCUGCUGCAGCUGCUCGCUUUAUUCUACCACAGAGCCAUACUCAAGUGCCAUGGACUAUGGGACCAAACUGUUUCAACAGAUACUGACACUCCCAGACACCAUGACAACCAGGCAGACUACGCCCACGGUUCCACCUCCAUCGACCCAGCCGACCCCACCAACACACUGCGGCGACGAGGACGGAGACGAACACGCUCCAGCUCCACCCAGCUGCGCUCUCCUGCAGACAGCGUCAGCUCCAGAGCUCAGCAGCUCGGCAGGUUGGAUCUGCUACUGCAGAAACUCCGACAACUUUCCAUCAGAGCCAAGAAUUGCUCUGUUAGCAGGUGUAUGUCUCUGUACCGUCCUAUUUGUCACUUCUUCAGAGCUCUCGUCCAACCAGAGUACAGCGCCGUGACAGAUGUGUACGUCCUCAUGUUCCUCGCUGACACCGUCGACUUCAUCAUCAUCGUCUUUGGCUUCUGGGCCUUUGGGAAACACUCUGCAGCCGCUGACAUCACUUCCUCCCUGUCAGAGGACCAAGUUCCUGAAGCCUUCCUGGUCAUGGUUCUGAUCCAGUUUGGUACCAUGGUGAUAGACAGGGCUCUGUAUUUGAGGAAGACAGUUUUGGGGAAGUUGGUGUUUCAGGUGAUUUUGGUUCUGGGGAUUCACUUCUGGAUGUUCUUCAUCCUGCCGACGGUCACUGAGAGGCGGUUCAAUCAGAACCUGGUGGCUCAGCUCUGGUAUUUUGUGAAGUGUGUUUACUUCGGGCUGUCGGCCAAUCAGAUUCGAUCUGGUUACCCAACACGAGUUCUGGGAAACUUCUUGACAAAGAGCUACAACUACCUGAACCUGUUCCUGUUCCAGGGCUUCCGGCUGGUGCCCUUCCUGACGGAGCUGCGGGCGGUGAUGGACUGGGUUUGGACGGACACAACGUUGUCUCUGUCCUCCUGGAUCUGUGUGGAGGAUGUUUACGCUCACAGCUUCGUCUUAAAGUGCUGGAGGGAGUCUGAGAAGCGGUACCCGCAGCCUCGCGGGCAGAAGAAGAAGCGUGUGGUGAAGUACGGGAUGGGCGGUCUGAUCGUUCUGCUGCUGAUCUGUAUCGUCUGGUUUCCGCUGCUCUUCAUGUCGCUCAUCAAGUCUGUCGCCGGAGUCGUCAACCGGCCGCUGGACGUCUCUCUGACCAUCACGCUGGGAGGCUUCCAGCCGAUCUUCACGAUGAGUGCGCAGCAGAAUCAGCUCAAAGAUCUGACUGAGGAAGACUUCGGCUCCUUCAUCAGCUCAUAUAGUUACACACCUAGUGCCUUGCAGUUCCUGGAGGCGUACAGCCGGGAGGACGUCACGCUGGCCGAGCUGCAGGGCAGCAGUAACUCUCUGUGGACCAUCAGUCCUCCCAGCAGGACCUACCUCAGCGAGGUGCUCAGCCUGGACCACUUCCCCCUCACACUGUCCUGGACCAUCCAGAGGAACCUGAGUCUGGGGGCGAAGGCGGAGCUCGCGUCAGGUAAACAUGUGACCUACCUGGAUGAUCAGACCCGCCUGGAGCUGAUCCAGCUGCUGAACGGAACCAGGACACUUCCUGUGGUGAUACAGGAAGUGCUGCCAUGUUUCAUCCGAGCUCCAAGCGACUCCAACGCCAAACCCAUCGAACAGCUUUACCCAGAUGACCGCUACAAGGACAUCCUGCUGGCCCUGGAGCGGUCGACCAAUCAGAGCCGAGAGAUCCAGGAGUGGUGGAUCGUCGAUCAACCGGCCACCGGCCGCGUGCCUGUCGGGGGCGGAGCUUCGGCAGGCAACAGGAGGGAGGCGGGGCUUCAGCUGUUUGUGUUCAGUGAUAAAGUCAGUCCUCCAAGUCUGGGUUUCCUGGCUGGAUACGGCAUCAUGGGAUUGUACGCCUCGGUGGUUUUGGUCAUCGGGAAGUUUGUGCGCGAGUUCUUCAGCGGCAUCAGUCACUCCAUCAUGUUCGAAGAGCUGCCCUGCGUCGACCGCAUCCUCAAACUCUGCACCGACAUCUUCCUGGUGAGAGAGACAGGUGAGCUGGAGCUGGAGGAGGAACUUUACGCCAAACUGAUCUUCCUGUAUCGAUCACCAGAGACUUUGAUCAAAUGGACACGACGCUGACCUCAUCGAUCAAUAAGCGAUAAUCAACAUCAGUUACUGUCUGAUUACUUGUAGUGAUGUCACAUCCUGUUACAUCAUCAGCUGAUUGCUGUGAACCAAACAUCUGGUUCCUCCAACAUUCUUAAAAUGUUACACUGAACCUUCAGAGAACGUUCUCCUGACGUUCUAUAAUCUCUUUUUAUUAUAUGAUUAUAUAUACGUUCUCCAGAUGUUCUCCAGACGUUCUCCUGACGUUCUAUAAUCUCUUUUUAUUAUAUGAUUAUAUAUGUUCUCCAGACGUUCUCCAGACGUUCUCCAGACGUUCUACUGACGUUCUACAGACAUUCUACUGAUAUUCUACUGACAUUCUACUGACGUUCUGCUGACAUUCUCCUGAGAACGUUCUCUAGAUGUUCUCUAGAUGUUCUCCUGAUGUUCCUUUAAAGAACAGGACUAGAUCUAAAACAGGAACAUUGUCAGAAUGUUUUCUGCAGGUGACAAGAAACAGGGAACUUUGGAGAACGUUGCUGGAACAUUACAUUUUGCUCCAAUAGGAGCAGCUGGAGGGCGGAGCUAAGUCUUCAGACAGUGAUGGGAAGAUUAUACAAGUGUUGAUUGACAGCUGCAGGGACACGACUGAUCCUGGAAAACCUGGAAUUGUUUAAGGCAGCUUUGUAGUCCUGGAAAAGUGUUUAAAACUGUGAAGCACUGCCCACAACCCAUAACUUUCAGAACGUAUGAUUGGACAUUGCUGCUGUCACUCCCACAUUGAUUGACAGAUAUUUAAUGACUUUGUGUACGGGGUCUCAUCUGUAAACAGGAAGCGAUGUCACUUCUGACAUGCCAAUCAACAAUAAGUUUCACUUUCACUUAUUUAUUCGACUUUAAUGUUUACAGGACAAACCUCAGUAUUUACGUUAGCACUAUGUUAGCAUCAUGUUAGCUGUUAGCUUCAUGUUAGUUGUAAUUAGCUCUGUGUUAGCACUGUGUUAGCUCACGUUAGCUGUAAUAAGCCCUGCAGUAGCUCAACAUUAGCUUCACUUUAGCUGUGUUAGCCCUACAAUAACGUCACGUUAGCUGUAAUUAGCUGUGUUAGCCCUACAUUAGCUUCAUGUUAGCUGUAAUUAGCUCUGUGUUAGCCCUACAUUAGCUUCAUUUUAGCUGUAAUUAGCUCUGUGCUAGCAUCCACCUGGAGACAGAAGACUAGAAACAGAUUUAGAAUAAAUUCCCAUCUUUGUUUGUUGUUGUUGUUUUACAGUGAAUUUCUCUGUUCACAUCACUUGAUGAUCAAAAACUGUAAACUUUACCUGUA